AUGGCUGCCCAGACGGAGGACGCGGCAAUCGGUGGCGUGAAACUUUACAGCGCCUGGUUCUGCCCAUUCGCCCAGCGCGCGUGGAUGGUCCUUGAGGAGAAGCGCGCUCCGUACGAAUUGGUGGAGAUCGACCCGUACGACAAGACGGCGGAGUUCCUGGCGGUGAACCCCCGGGGAUUGGUGCCCGCCAUCAAGUGCGCGAAUGGGGAUUGCGUGUACGAGUCCACGGUGUGCGUGGAGUUCGCGGAGGACGCCUGGCGGGGCGAGGGGAGGCCGGCGCUGCUGCCGGCGUCGGCGCACGGCAGGGCGGUGGCCAGGAUCUGGGUGGACUUCGUGGGACGGCGGGUCGUGCCAUGCUUCUACAGGAUCCUGCAGUCCCAGGACGCCGCAGACCAGGCCAAGCACUGCGCGGAAAUGCUGGGCCACGUUAAGGACAUUUCCGCUGCGAUGGCACCGGACACCGACUUCUUCAUGGGCGAUUCUCUGGGUGUGGUGGACAUCGCCCUGGCACCGUUCGCCUGGAGAUUCGGAGUCUUGGAGCAUUAUAGACAAUUCAAGUUGCCUGACACCAAGGAGUACGUCAGAUUCCGAACGUGGUGGGAUGCAGUCCAACGUGCUCCAAGCUUUAAGGCGACGACUUGUGAUUACAACAAGCUUAUUGCAAUAUACGAGCGAUACAGCAACAACACCGCACAGUCGGGAGUAGCCCAGGCGAUCAGGGCUGGAUCUGCCCUGCCGUAG